GUAAAGGUGUGUACAUCUUAGUUCUCGAAUCAGAGGCUACUCUCAGUCCUAGUCUGAAUCGGUGGCUGAAUAUCGGCUGCCAAUUUCCGGUUAAGGAAGUUUACACGAUUCAAGUUUCUCGCACGACUGAGUCUCAACUUACUCUCAACCUCCCAACUAACUUCCGACGCUCUUACGACAUUAUUUCAUGGACAUUAGCAAGAAUUGAUUUCUUAGACACUUUUGUCUGUGUGUGGAUGGAGUCAUGCUGAAGUUGUGGGCCGUCCUGUGCGUUGUGGUGUGUUUUCCCGCGACCGUGAACUUGGCGGGGUUUGUUGGUGCGAGGCAGAUCGACACCACCCACUACCAUGGCUAUGUGGAGAUGUCAGCACUCCUGCAGGACUAUGCUAACAGAUAUCCCCACAUCACACAGUUGUCCAGUAUAGGUCAGACUGUUGAGGGGCGGGAAAUGUGGGUCCUCAGAGUCACGGACAACCCUGACCAGACUGAGGCCGGCGAGCCUGCGGUCAAACUCGUCGGGAACAUGCACGGGAACGAGGCGAUCAGCCGAGAGGUCCUGAUCUUCCUAACCCAGUAUCUGUGUGAGAACUAUCGUCAUGACGACCAGGUGACGCAACUUGUGGAUACCACUGACAUCUACGUAAUGCCUAGUAUGAACCCCGACGGAUUUGAGAACGCGAGAGAGGGGCAAUGUGGCGGCACGCUCGGACGGGAAAAUGCCAACGGCGUGGACUUGAAUCGUGACUUCCCGGAUCAGUUCAGCUCGCAGGACUAUCAGGACUCGCAGUUCGAACCCGAAACUGUCCACAUGAUGAAGUGGGUGAUGGAGAAUAAGUUUGUUCUGUCGGGGAACUUUCACGAUGCAGGAUUUUAACUACCUGUACAGCAACUGUUUUGAGAUCACCCUGGAGCUGUCCUGUUGUAAGUACCCCACAGCUGACCACCUGUCUGAGGAGUGGGACAACAACAGGCCGGCACUCCUGGCUUAUCUCACACAGGUACACCAGGGAGUGCAGGGAUUUGUGGUCAGGUCGGACAGCGGACAGGGGAUGGAGGACGCCACCAUUACUGUGCAGGGGAUCGACCACAACGUGACCACAGCUGGGCAUGGAGACUUCUGGAGACUACUGGUGCCUGGAACAUACACCAUCACUGCCUCUAAACAGGGGUACGUGAGUGAAACCUUUACAGACGUAACAGUGGACGCUGACCAAGCCACGGAGCUGAACUUCACCCUACAUGCUGUGGGAGGUCAGAAAACCCCACCCCUCAGCACCCCCCACCCCACACAGGACACCCCCCACCCUGACCACAUCAAGCACCAUGAUUAUGUGGAAAUGAAAAAUUUUCUGACAAAGAUGUCCAGGACCUACCCAGAGAUCACCCACAUGUACAGCAUUGGUCAGUCUGUGGAGGGGAGGGACCUGCUGGUCAUGGAGAUAUCAGACCAGCCCGGGGUUCAUCAACCAGGAGAACCAGAGUUUAAGUACAUCGGGAACAUGCAUGGUAAUGAGGUGGUUGGUCGUGAGGUGCUGUUACAGCUGAUAGAGCUACUGUGUGAGAACUAUGGGAAAGUCGAUGACCUGACACGACUGGUGAACACCACCCGGAUCCACAUCCUGCCAUCCAUGAACCCUGAUGGGUAUGAGAGGGCUCAGGAAGGGGAUGUUCGGGGUAUCACUGGACGGACCAACGCCCAUGGGUUGGACCUUAACCGCAACUUCCCCGACCAGUACUUUGGUGAGGAGGAACUUGAACCUGAGACGAUGGCCGUUAUGGAGUGGGCAAAACGAGUCCCUUUUGUCCUGUCUGCCAGCCUGCACGGAGGGAACCUGGUCGCUGACUAUCCGUUUGACGACUCACGGAAGAAGGGCCAUGCUGUGUACAGUAAAUCUCCUGAUGAUGCAGUCUUCCAACAGCUGGCUAGAACAUACUCCCUUGCACACCCCACCAUGCACAGUGGCCACCCCUGUGAUGACAUCAAACCAGAUGAGUACUUUCAGGACGGAAUCACCAAUGGGGGAGCCUGGUACAAUGUACCUGGUGUAAUGCAGGACUGGGACUACGUGAACACCAAUGACUUUGAAGUUGCCAUUGAACUUGGCUGUGUGAAGUUUCCAUACGGCGAGGACCUUCCUGAGUACUGGCAGGCAAAUAAGGAGGCUUUGGUGGAAUACAUCAAACAAGUUCACAAGGGUGUGAAAGGGUUUGUCGUGACUAAUGAUGGCAGUGGGAUCCCCGAUGCCUCCAUCACGGUCCAUGGAAUCAACCACACCGUGACGUCUGCAGCUGGCGGAGAUUACUGGAGACUGCUUGUCCCUGGAACGUACCAAGUCACGGCCGCAGCACAGGGAUUUCAAAGUGUCACUCAAGAACUGACUGUAGGGGAUGGCGAUGCAACAUGGCUGAAUUUUACACUUCAGUCCUGGAAUGAAGAAAAUGACUACGGCCUACCAAACGAACCGAGCUACAUCACAAACGAGGAUCUUGUCAAAACUGUCAAGAAAUACACAGAAGAACAUGAAGGAAUCAUUAGGAUUGAAGAAACAUCAGACAACAAUGUCGUUGAUGUUGAGAUAUUUGGAAAACUGGCCAGGAGGAAAAGGGAUGAUGAUGAUGUCACCAGGGUUCAGCCACACGUGGCUCUGAUUGGUGGACUCAAUGGGGAUGAACCAAUAGGAAGAGAGAUCCUCACCAGGCUGAUUAGGCAUCUUGUAGAAGGUUAUGACAGAGAUGACAGGAUAAAGAGUUUAGUAGACAACACCCACAUCCAUGUGCUGGCAGCUGUGGACCUGUCUGCCUUUAACCAGGCUGUGGAGGGAGACUGUGCAGGGGAAAACUACAUUGGGACACGGAUCGGUGAUCGCUUUACACUGGACUCACAUGCACAGUUCCCCCAGAUAGCCACAGUAAAACAGUGGUUUGAGAAGCACCAGUUUGACCUGGCUCUAAGUCUGGAGGCAGGCGGGCUGGUGGUGAGGUACCCCCUGGACUACCCACGGGAAGGUCUGCUGGUCGCUGAUGGAGCCACCACACAGGAUGAUCUACUCUUCAAGGAGAUAGCAAGAGAGUAUGCAGACAGCAACCCAGCAUUGGGUGCAGGUACACCUUGCAACAAUAAAACAUUUCACCAAGGGAUCAGCAUCGGAGCCUCUUUCAAGGGCACCUUACUGGACUAUGCUUACAUCAAGGAGCAUGUUCCCAUGCUUGCUGCCCAUGUCUCUUGCUGUAAGUAUCCAGAGAAGGAAGAUGUCCCCAAGAUUGGAGAGAAAACUUAG